GCGCCGCUGGGGGUGCUGCGAUGGAAAAACAGGAGCCACAACCUCUACUCCAAGAUGGACCCAUCUGUCCGUGUCCACAGCGACGUGGUGCAGCUGCAACUGCUGGCCAGCAGCUUAGAGCCUGCGGGAUCCAACCUUACCAAGCUGCGGUACCGCUUCAUGGUGCCUGAGCCAACGCAGCUGACGGGAUGUGCAGCGGUCCGGCCGGCCAAGGACCGGCUGCAGCUUUGUUGCCACAACACCUCCAGCUCCAUGCCAG